GGAUCGUCUGGCUCAACAGCGGGCAUCGGGUCACCAGGUAUGACAGCGGGCACUGGGUCACCAGGCAUCAGGUCAUUUGGCUCGACAGCGGGCACCGCGUCAUCUGGCAAGGCAGUGGGCACCGAGUCACCAGGCACGACAGUUGGCUCUGAGUCAAUUGGCACGACAGCGGGCAUCGGGUCACCAGGCAUGACAGCGGGCACUGGGUCAUCAGGUACCGGAUCGUCUGGAUCGACAGCGGGCACCGGGUCAUCAGGCAUUGGAUCGUCUGGCUCGACAGUGGGCAUGGGUCACCAGGCAUGACAGCGGGCACUGGGUCAUCAGGCAUUGGAUCGUCUGGCUCGACAGUGGGCAUCGGGUCACCAGGUAUGACAGCGGGCACUGGGUCAUCAGGUACCGGAUCGUCUGGAUCGACAGCGGGCACCGGGUCAUCAGGCAUUGGAUCGUCUGGCUCGACAGUGGGCAUCAGGUCACCAGGCAUGACAGCGGGCACUGGGUCAUCAGGCAUUGGAUCGUCUGGCUCGACAGCGGGCAUCCGGUCACCAGGUAUGACAGCGGGCACUGGGUCAUCAGGCGUGAGAGGAUCAUCAGGCUGGAUCAGCUGGGUAGAGACAUCAGGCUGAAGUGCGGGUGCCGAGGCACCAGGCUGAACCACGGAAGGCAGGUUCUCAGAUGGCAGGCUCAUCGGUUUGGAUACUGGCA